AUCGAUGAAUCGAUAGCUCGCCCUGCCACCGCUAUUCAGUGUACGUGGAUUUUUAAGACAACUUUCUCGAUCCAAAACACAAUAGGAAUCACAUAGCAGGCCCAUGAGCAGCGUUCACUGAAGCGACCAACAAUUCCCAGCCAGCCCAGUUGGACAGCCGGAGUUCGCCAGCGGUCGACCCAAUUAGAUGUGCCUGCCCCGCGGCCAGAGCUGAUAAACUCGAAUCAAUCAACUCCAGCCCACGAAUCCCCCCGCCCCCCGGCGUUCGGUCGAUUGUUAUACAUUAUUGAUAAUGACCCACACCCGCCGUCCCAGCGACGGCCUGCUGGCCCGCGUGAACUUCCCGCUGUACGCCGUGGACAUGCUGACCAGUCGCCACAUUCUGGUGGCCGGAGGCGGUGGCUCCAGCAAGACGGGAGUGGCGAACGGCUUUGAGAUCUACGAACUGUACCACAAUGGCAGCCACUUCUGUGCGGAGGAGGUGCUGCGCCACGAGACCGGCGCCAAUGUGGUGAUGAACUUUGCGGUGCGCAACGGCGGACGGAGGGGCUACCUGUGCGCCGGCCAGGAGGCGCACUGCCAGAUGUACUACGUCCAGCCGCGCAUUCAAUCCGAGGAAGAUGGCAAUGGAAACGGAGUCAACGUCGGGGACGGAAAGCCUGUUCCGGAGGAGCGGCCGCACGAGAACGGCAACGUGCGCCAGCGCAACGCACACUCGGGUGUGGAGCCGGUGGCCAACGGUCAUAGGCCACCGCUGUCCACCGCGGACAUAUUGCGGCAGUUUCAGAGACUGCACUUCGACAUCCAGGCGGCGGAUGUGGUCCAGACGGACUUCCUCAAGGGUGCCGAGCCACUGCAGCGCGUGGUGCGCAUCAGCGGUAACGGCCGACUAAUGGCCACUGGCGGCACGGACGGAAAGCUGCGCGUGUGGACUUUCCCCCAGAUGACGCUGGCCGCGGAGCUGGCGGCGCACAGCAAGGAGAUCGAUGACCUGGACUUCAGUCCCGACAGCAAGCUCGUUGCCAGCAUCUCCAAGGAUGCCCAGGGCUUGGUGUGGGACCUGGCCAGCGGGCAGCUGCAACACAAGCUGCAGUGGAAAACGCCCGAGGGGGCCAAGUACCUGUUCAAGCGGUGCCGCUACGGAACCGUGGAGGCGCAAAAGGACCACUACCGCCUCUUUACCAUUGCGAAUCCGCUGGGCAAGGUGGGAAAGCAGCGUGGCUUCCUGCAGCACUGGGACAGUGCCAGCGGGCAGCUGCGUCAGUCUGUUGCCAUUGACGAAAGCCUGUCGUCACUGGCGGUGCGGGACGACGGUCGAUUCGUGGCCGUCGGCACGAUGUUCUCGGGCAGCGUAUCCAUGUACAUUGCAUUCAGUCUGCAGCGCGUGCUCCACAUUCCCCAUGCACACUCCAUGUUCGUAACUGGCCUUCAGUUCCUGCCCAUCACCAACGAGGAGGGACCGCCCAUCUCCAGCGACACGGAGGCAGCCGUUCUGUCCAUUUCCGUGGACAACAAAGUCUGCAUCCACAGUCUGCCCCAAAGGCGUACAAUUCCCGCCUGGAUUGCCAUCGCCUUUCUGAUCGUCAUGAUUUUCGCCGUGUUCGUGCUGUGCUCAUACAUUGGCAUCUGAUGUUCAAUGGCCAGAAGAGAGUUAAUCAAUUUGCAUUAUUAGUUUGUAAACAGGGUUUAGUUUUCUUCAAUAAGCCACAACUCCCCUCAGAACUCCGCCUCGUCCCACCCUCCAUCAUGUUAAUUAAUUUAAGUGUAGAGUUUGUGCCGGCUGCCUUAUCUCUUAUACUAAUUGCAAUGUUUGCUUAGUUGUAUCAUAAUUUGCUUAUCUCUCUAGCCCCCGCAAAUGAAGCGUUUGCUCGUUUGGCAGCUCUGACAGUUGUACAUGAUUUUUUAAAUUUAAUUGAUAUUUCAUUUACGUAUACGAAGGCAAACGGAAAUACUGACUGCGGCUAGUUAAAGCAGUCAAAGGGAAUGUAAAACCAUUUUUAUAAUCAAAAUGUUAGCUAAUCGAACUGUGGUGGGUUUAGCACACCAUUCUUAUAGUCACAAGUGAAUGAUAUAUAAAUGCAUUCAGUAAUGAA